AUGGCUGAAGGUGCUAAUGAAAUUAUUGUUGAUAUGAAUCUAAAUGCUCGUGAAGGUAAUAUUGAUAUUGGUGAAGCUGCUAAUGAAGAAAUGCAUGCUAAUCCAAAUCCAAAUUCAAAUUCACAACGAACAUAUCGUUGGAUAAAAACCUCGAAAGUGGAAUCAUCAAAAAGUAUGGCGUGCAAUUAUAGGUUUCAAGAUGGUCGAAGUUCAUUUACAGCUAUUAAAAUCUUGCAUAUUGAUAUUUAA